AUGAAGGUACUAGUUUUGUUGGUUGUACUGAGCGUAGCAAUCGCGGCAGAGGCCCAAGGUUUCUACUGCGGGAGGCGGUUGGCUAUAGCUCUGGCUAUGCUGUGUGAGGGAAGCGAAGACAAACGUGCGGACUUGUCUAUCUAUGGAUCUUUGGCGCACGAGAGAGCUGGCCAUCAAGGGGCCUGGUCCGUCUGGCCUUCUGUGUCUCAACACUGGCUGCACGCAAAUCGGGCGCACAGCCUUGGACGCCCCAAAAGACAGGUCGUGAUGGAGUGCUGCAUGAAGCCCUGCUCGGAAGACGAACUUAUGGCCUACUGCUAA